AUGAAAAUGAAUGUCUACAUAUUUAACAAUAAAUUGAUCUCAUUGAGAAAUCUGACCGAUAAAAAUGGACAAAAAGGGCAAUUUUUCGGUGCUGCAGUUGCAGCUACUGAUCUCAAUAACGACGGCUACGAUGAUAUAAUUGUGGGCUCACCGUUUUACACUGAUUACAAAACAGUCAUGGAUGUGAAAACUCAGGAGCAUAAGCCUCGUUACGACAUCGGCAAAGUGAUGGUUUUCUUCCAGGGACCAGAUCAUGAUUUCCCAAAAUGGGAAUCCCUUUUGGGGCAUACCGAGUGGUCACGUUUUGGAUGGUCGAUUGCAGCUGCUGGGGAUUUGAAUCAGGAUGGAUAUAAUGAUUUCAUUGUCGGUGCGCCAUACGAUGGUGAUGAUCAUCGAGGAGCUGUUUAUGUAUAUCAUGGUGCCAAAAAUGGUGUACGUAGUGAGCCAACACAGAAAAUUGACGCACGAAAAGUGAAUGCUGAUUUGAGAACUUUUGGAUUUUCUCUUGCUGGUGGCAAAGAUAUCGACAAAAACCAGUAUCCAGGUUAUUUAAUUUAA